AUCCAGUUUUCUUCCCUUGCUUGCCCAAGCUUCUCGUCAUUUUCCUCCAUCAGCCCGAACGUUGCGACAACAUAGCGGUAGGAAUCCACCAUGACGGCGGACGCCAACGACGCCGCUGCGACCGAGUCUGUCACCAAUCCUGAUGCUGCAGAGCAAGGAGAGGAAGAAAUGAAAGAAGAGAAAGCCAAGACGGGCGGCGAAGAAACCGAACAAGGCAACGAGACGCGACAACCUGCCAAGACCAAGUCAUUUGCAGAUGAUUUGAUCUGUCCCAUCAGCCAUGAGUUGCCAUGGGACCCCGUCAUAGCUAUGGAUGGUCGUGUCUACGAGCGCAAGUGUAUUGAGGCUUACAUUCAAAGUCAUCCCCAUGAUCUCAAGUCACCCAUCACCCGUCAAACGAUGGGCCGAACGCUGUUGCCAGCCAUCCAGCACCGCAACAUUAUUGAAACGGCAAUUGAGAAGGGUGAGAUGCCUGACGAUCUGUCCAAAGAAUGGAAUGAAAAUGUUCAACAAAAGAAGCUCAUGGAAGAAACAUUGAAGGAGGCAGAAGCCGGUGAUGAAGAUUCUAUGUAUGCUGCAGCCGUCAAAUAUGAAAAUGGGACUAAAGGAUUCAAGCAAGACCUCAAAUUGGCCUUUCAUUGGGUUGAGAAAGCGCAUUUGGCAGGGCAUGUGAUGGCAACAGCAGUGAUGGGUUCUUAUUAUCUGAAUGGCUGCGGUGUGGAGGAGUGUCUUCAUUUGGGCAUCAUGUAUGCCUCCGUGGCAGCAGCCCAAGGUUCAGACUGGGCAGCAUACAUAUUGGGACUGACAUUUGCCCAAGGCAUCCAUGGAGUGGUCAUGGAUAAGUCGGUGGCCGUAGUUUGGCUAAAGAAGGCUCUUGGCGAAUGUGCUCACAAGUAUAUGAAUGAUCAGAAGAAGCAGUCUCUGGAGCUGCUGAAUGAGCUCAAAGCAAAUGAUAGCAGCUCCACAUAGAUUGUUGAAGAUUCUCUCUGGUGAAUGGAUACAAUAAUAAUAAGUAAUAAAAUGAUGUUUUCUUUG